UAAAAUUGGAGAGGAGUGGAAGUGUCGAUAAAAGGAAGGAGCGACAGCAAAAACAGACCACAACAACAACAUUGUUUUCCUCACGUUAUCAGUUCCAGUUCCAGUUCCAGUUCCAGUCCUUCUUAUUCUGUUUAAGUGAAAGUGGGGCAUCAUGAGGUCUGCAGGGUAUUCUUUUGCUGCUUCCUUUGCUCCUGUUCAUUGUCUUGCUGUCCAAAUUCAGCAUAUAUUUCCAUCAAAACUGAUUCUUAGAUAUUCAACUUCAUCAAAGAGAUUCUACUCUUCUGGGCACACAUCACAUAAAGGAUCAACCAUGGUUGUCUCUCGCUACCCACUUCCCUUAUUUAGUGUUGCCCCAAUGAUGGAAUGGACGGACAAUCAUUAUAGACAACUUGCACGACUCAUUUCAAAAAAUGCUUGGCUUUACACAGAGAUGCUUGCUGCUGAAACUAUUGUUCAUCAGAAGGAUAAUCUGGAUAGGUUUUUGGCAUUUAAUGCAGAACAACAUCCUAUUGUUUUUCAAAUUGGAGGGAACAACUUGGAGAAUAUUGCGAAAGCGACCCAACUUGCUAAUGCUUAUGGCUAUGAUGAGAUAAACCUAAAUUGUGGAUGCCCUAGCCCAAGGGUAGUUGGACAUGGUUGUUUUGGUGUGCGCCUCAUGCUUGAUCCAAAGUUUGUUGGCGAGGCCAUGUCAGUUAUUGCUGCCAAUACAAAUGUUCCUGUAACCGUCAAGUGUCGUAUUGGUGUUGAUGAUCAUGAUUCAUAUAAUGAGCUAUGUGAUUUUAUCUAUAAAGUAUCUUCAACAUCUCCAACCAAACAUUUUAUUAUACAUUCAAGGAAAGCACUCCUCAAUGGCAUUAGUCCAGCUGAAAAUCGAACAAUUCCACCACUCAAAUAUGAAUUCUACUAUGCGCUACUGCGUGACUUUCCAGAUUUAACAUUUACAAUAAAUGGAGGCAUAAAUUCAGUGGAAGAGGUGAAUGCAGCACUUAAGAAAGGAGCUCAUGGAGUAAUGGUUGGACGAGCUGCCUACAAUAACACGUGGCAAUUAUUGAGGAAUGUUGACACUGAAGUUUAUGGUGCUCCUCCUUCUGAUCUUACACGUCGUCAGGUUUUAGAGAAGUACCAAGCCUAUGCAGAUUCCGUUCUUGGCAAACAUGGAAAUAACAGACCAAACAUUCGGGACCUGGUCAAGCCUUUGUUGAACCUAUUUCAUUGUGAGCCUAGAAAUGCUAUUUGGAAGCGUAAUGUGGAUGCUGCAUUUUUCCGUUGCACGACAGUUAAACAAGUCCUUGAGGAGACAUUGCCGAUUAUUCCAGAUUAUGUCCUUGAUUCUCCUGCGGCCAAAGCACCACCUAGUCGUGGAGAUCUUUUUGCAAAUGUAAAUGAUCUGAUGCCCUCUCCAUAUAAAUCAAGUGCUGAGUUGCAAUACGCUUAGUUUAUCAUAGAUUGAAUCCUUGUAAAUUAUAGUCACUAUCAAGGCUGAUUUUACUCAAUCAAUUCUUCAUUCUUUGGGAUGUAAGGUCCCCUGUGAUAGAAAGUACUUUUAUUUUAAAGACUGAUAACUCCACAGAAAGUGUACUUAAGUGAGAAAAGCUGUUGAUGAAACCAUUAUCACUA